AUGUCGCCCGCAGCCAUCUUGAGCGAUGUACCUCGAGUGUUGCUACUCUCCCCACCAUCCCUCUCAUCGAACCCUGACAAGCUAGCCGAGCUCCUCAAUCAAUAUGACAAAAACACCAGAGAUCUACAAAUGAUAGACCGACUCGCCGCUGGCCUUGUAUCUCUCCCAGAAUCUACUUAUAAUCUCGUUCUACUCCUUACAGAUAUUGAUGGGACAAGCACAGAAAGCGAGCGGUUGGUGGGACGAGAUGUACUCCAGCAAAUUGCUCGAACGCUACAGCCAGGCGGAAUAAUGAAAUACCAUGAUGGCUUAUCUGCCAUGAUUAAAGAACCAGCCCGCACAGAAGCUAUACUAUCUGGGUUAAUCGCCAACGAUAAGGGAGAGCUGGUGAAACCAGUGUUUGAAGAACAAUCAGUUUUAUUGCCAUUUUCGAUAAACAGAAGCCAGAAAUCCAUAAAAGGCAUCAACAUCAAUAAGUCUGAUCAGCAGCCAGCUAUACUCCAGAAAAAUAUAGUAACGUUGACAAACAACACAAAUGAUAUUUUCAAUGGCCUAGAAGGUGACGACGACGAAUUAAUUGAUGAGGAUGAAUUAAUCAAUGAAGAUGAGCUUGAGCGGCCUAUUAUACAACCCCCUGAAUGCCGGCCUAAAGCUGGCAAACGUCGGAGGGCUUGUAAGGAUUGUACCUGUGGACUUGCACAGAAGCUCGAAGCUGAAGAUAAACGUCAGCGCGCAAACGCAGACGAAAAACUAUCUGCAUUAAAACUAAACUCUGGGGAAAUAGCGGAAGUGGAUUUUACCAUUCAAGGGAAAACUGGGAGUUGCGGAAAUUGUUCCCUGGGAGAUGCUUUCCGUUGUGAUGGUUGCCCGUACAUUGGCCUACCACCGUUCAAACCAGGCGAAGAAGUAAAACUGUUUGACAAUGAUGUGCAGUUGUAG